AUUGAUCAGAUUACUCCAUAAAUAGAUCGCUUAAUCAUCCCCUUUAGCUACGUAACCUAAAUGAUUCCAUAAUGUAUAAUGUUCCAUUAAACUAUAAGAUGCUUUUAGUACUAUAUUUAAUCAAUUCGAUUGGUUGGUGCGCAGCCCAAAGACAAAACUUUCUUCUAAUAAUUGUCGAUGAUUUAAGACCAGCUUUAGAAUGCUAUGGCGAUAAAAAUGCUUACACACCGAACAUAAACCAAUUGGCAAAGAACGCGGCCAUCUUUUCGCAUGCGUUCGCUCAGCAAGCCCUGUGUGCUCCAAGUAGGAAUUCAUUUCUAACAAGUAGGAGGCCAGAUUCGUUACAACUUUAUGAUUUUUAUAGCUAUUGGAGAAAAGAUAUUGGCAAUUUUACAACGCUGCCGCAACAUUUAAAAAAUAGCGGGUAUAUUACUAAGUCUAUAGGAAAGGUUUUUCACCCAGAAUCCUUUACAGGAAUUAGUUCAAAUAACUCGGAUGAUAGUCCCUACUCAUGGACAGAAGUACCAUUCCACCCAUAUACAGAAAAAUACAAAAAUGCUCCAGUUUGUCGACCAAACUUGAACCUACCACCUGCUCCGAAUCUUAUAUGUCCUGUUAAAGUUUCAUCAAUGCCAAAUAAAACUCUGCCAGACAUAGAAAUCCUACAAGAUGCUAGACACUUUCUACAAACUCAUGCAAACGAUUCAACUCCUUUCUUCUUGGCCGUUGGAUUUCAGAAGCCCCACAUACCGUUCAAGUAUCCCAAAAGAUACUUAAAACACCACCCAUUGCGCAAAUUUAAGGUACCUGAACCAUACAAGUGGCCGGAAAAUGUCAGUAGUGUUGCGUAUAAUCCUUGGAUCGAUUUAAGGAAGAGAAAGGACAUUGAAACUUUGAAUCUCCAUUUUCCAUGGGAAAAAAUACCAAAUAGCUUUGGCAAAUUAAUUAUUCAAUCUUAUUACGCAGCUGUGUCUUAUAUCGAUGAACUAAUUGGUAAAUUAUUAAAUGAAUUAGAAAAUCUAUCGAUCCGAGAGACUACUACCAUAAUACUUAUGUCGGAUCACGGAUGGUCGCUAGGUGAGCACGCAGCAUGGGCAAAAUAUAGUAAUUUCGAUGUUGCUCUAAGAGUACCGUUAAUAAUAUCUAUCUCAAACAUAGAAAAUACUGUAAAUAAUCUAUCGAUGAAACAAACGACCAUAGAUUCCAUGGUAGAGUUGGUCGACAUUUUUCCAACUAUCGCUGAUUUGGCGAACGUUCCAAUACCAAUUUGCCGCAAUGAAAAGGAAACUAAAGAUGCUAUGCUCGUUUGCAGCGAAGGAAUUUCUCUUGUACCGCUUAUAAGAGCCACCAUGAAACAAGAGUCACUACCAUGGAAGAAAGCUGCUUUUGGGCAAUAUCCUAGACCAAGCGUCGAUCCUUCGAUAAAUCCAAACAGCGACGAACCUCGUUUGAAGGAAAUAAAAGUCAUGGGAUACACUUUAAGGAAAGAUAAUUAUCGUUAUACAGCUUGGCUGGAAUUUAAUCCAGAAACAAAAGUGCCGAAUUGGAAUGUCUUUAUCGCAGAAGAAUUGUAUGACCAUCGAACUGACAAAGAUGAAAAUCAAAAUUUAGUCGUUUUUCCGAGAUACCAACGAUUAAAAGAAGUACUGCGAACUUUAUUAAAACGAGGUUGGAGAAACGUUUUGCCAAAAAAGAUGGGCUUUUAAUUCAAUAAAAUUCACUACAAUCUUUCAUUGUCGAAUCUACAAUUUCUAAAAUACACUUACAAAUACGAUAAAAUUUA